UUUUCACUAGUAAAGGGACGAGCACGAGAGACAACGCACAGACACAACCAAUGAAGGCGAUAUGUAGGCGAAAUGAAACAUCGAAGAUAUAUCAGGAUCAAGACCUAUCAAUCUGCUGAAGAAUGGGAGGGAUGAGUGUGGUGGACUCGUGGUACUGCUCCUACCAGCGAGUGUCACCCCUCCAGUUCACGGGAGACAGGAUGCGGGAGAAAGACUCAUCACCGAGGAAGAUGGUGGUACCAGCGAGUGGUCAGAGUUCGCCGAAGCAGGCGGCCGUUUAUCCCCUGUGCGGAGGAACGCCGGAGGAGCACGCAGAAGAGAUGCCGUUCGACUUGUCGCGGAACACCCGGGGGCCGCACAUGUCGCCUGCCGGACGGCCCCAGAACGAACGGGAUGAAGAACAACCCUUGGACCUCAGGGUGGACCACAAAAAGAGCGGCGGUGUCGUCAGGAGAGACAUGGAAGACGAAAACAGGAACCUGAUAAUAGCCUCGCCGGAACGGGAAAAGGACAGCCCCAGCCCGACCUACCCUGUGAUCUUCCCUCAUCAACCCAUUCACCCCAUGAUGUUAGAGGCCAUGUACAGAGAGUACUCGCCGCCGGCUUAUCCCCCGCGGCCGUACCCCUUCCUCUUGAACCCCAGACCGCAAGCGUUACCCCCGGCGAAAUCCUUCCCAGAGACUUCGCCUUCCAAAGGGAAAGACAGAUACGCCUGCAAGUAUUGUGGAAAGGUUUUCCCUAGAUCGGCGAACCUGACUCGUCAUCUGAGGACACACACAGGAGAGCAGCCCUAUAAGUGCAAAUACUGCGAGCGGUCGUUUAGCAUAUCGUCGAAUCUUCAGCGCCACGUGCGGAAUAUCCACAACAAAGAGAAGCCUUUCAAAUGCCCGCUAUGCGAUAGGUGCUUCGGCCAGCAGACCAACUUGGACCGGCACUUGAAGAAGCACGAAGCAGACGGGCCGACGAUCCUCGACGACCGGGCGGACCGCGGCCUCUUGUCUCUGAGACAGCCUCAAGGAGAAGAAUCCUACUUCGAAGAAAUCAGGUCUUUCAUGGGGAAAGUGACGGCCGAAAGGCUGCAGGGCAGACCGCCCCUUUAUCUGGAAGAGGACAAGAGCAGUUCUAGCUCCACGUGUCCUAGCCCCCGUGGGACGGAGGAGCCCACGUGAAAAAAAGCCUCCUUCUUAUUCCCCUAGUCAGAUGAGAGCCAAGCAAAGUUACCUUUCUCCUUGAACAACCUCACUGCCAGUGGUACACCGCCACGUUCCUAACAAACUGCCAACCAUCCCAAAAACUAGUUUAGUGAUCUUCGUGGUGUAUUAUAUUGCUCAGACAGAAGACAAGUGAUUGUGUUACCAGAACAUAUCAAGUGCUAAGUGCUUUUUGAUCGCAUUGCACUAGUCACAAAACGGACAAAACAAUGAUCUUUUACCAAUUUAUUGUACAUAUUUGAAAGUAUAAUUAUAAGAGAUGAACUGCUUAUUUCUUAUAUCGCCUUUUAACUUUGUCCUUGUACAAAGCUUAAUAUUUUAUUUUUGUGUUUCGCUAUUUAAAAAACAAGUUUAGCUUAGGAUCAUAGUUAAUAUAUACUUAUUUUAUCGGACGGAUCACGUCCCCGAAAAGUAGUUUAUAAAAAUUGUGUAUUUUUUUGAAGUUUAUCAAUAUUUUCAUAGUUUAUUACUUGUUGUCUAUUGUAACUUUUCCAAGUUAUAUGUUUCUUUUUGUAUACAGUUAAAAAUA